AUGGACUUGAGUUUGCGUGGUUCUCAAAUUAAUUUAGCUGAAAGAUAUAAAACUAAAGUACCAGCUACAAAAAUUGCAGGAAAUUGUAAUCAAAGACCAGUUUCGGCUACUUAUACUUUAAAUAGAAGAACAAAAUCAGAACAUACAAUAAAAAGACCAUUAUCAGCCGAUGAAAGAUUAAAAAAAUAUUCAUCGGCAUCUUCAUCUAGUUUAUUAAAAUUUUUAUUAGAGGAACCAGUUCGAAGGCCGUGGUUGUGUCGUAAUUCACCAGAAAAUAGUCAAAAUCUAAAAACUCUACGUCAACGAACUUAUCGAAUUUCUGAGGAUAAAGUAGUUUCAAAUCUUCGUGCAAUUCCAAACGAAAAAAUGCAAUCAAAUUCAGGUUCGUUUAAUUAUAAGGGUUAUAAGUCAACUUCAACAUUAUCUGAAGGUCAAUCACAAUUACCAAAUAUUUCAAAUGACGACUUAAAUGGAUCAUCUCAUAAACAAUUACCAGGUACUUUAAAUAAAUCCAAAUCUUCUCCAGGAGAUUUCUGGCACGAUACAAAACCUGAUCUACCUGGUCGAGUCUCUUUUGGAAAAUCUGAUAUUUAUGAGGUUGAUUUGAGUGAUAUUGAAAACGAAACACCACCGGAUAUUACUGCAAGAUCAACUGAAUCUCAUGUUAUUCCACCAGCCAAUAUAAAUUCGCAAUCAGCAUCAGUAGCACAAUUACCAUCAAGUUCAUUAGUUGGUAAUAAAAAAGCCGUUCAUUUUGGAGGAAAAAAUGGAGAAGUUCAAUCUCAAACUUUUGAAUACCCUAAAUGCCCAUCAGAUAAUUGCUCUUGCAGUAAUCGUUCUUCGAUUUCCACUGUAAGUGCUUUGGAGCCAAGUGACAAUGAUAAUUCCCAUAAUAAUUGUGUUAAAUGCACAUGUGAUUUUGCAUGUAAUUCCAUGGACUAUACAAAUUUAGCAUCAACAAAGGUUCAGGAACCUAUUAAGAACGACGACGUAACAAAUGAUACUGAGAAUUCGGUUAUAAAGGAAUACAAAAAUGCUAUUAAAGAUGUUGAAAAUGUUGGAAAAGAACAAAAGAUUUUUAAAAUAGAUAAACCAGAACCGUCAAAAAACGAAGAAUUAGUAACUGCCUAUUCCAAUCAUGAUUUAAAUAAAGAACAGGAAAAUCAAGUUUACAAAUCGGAAUCGAAAUUGACCCAACCUCGACGCAAAGCAUCUACCUCUUCGAAUUCAAAAUUUCUAAAGAGCUAUGAUGCUUUUUUUGUGAAUAAUUUUGAAGAACGCGAUAUAAAUGAAUCAAGAUCAGAUAUUUUAUCAUCUGAAGAUAACACAAAAUUAGCAGGAACAACACAAAAUAUGACUGCACCAAAGAAAAAAGUUAAUAAUAGUUCAACAUCUAAUGUUGGUGGCAAUAAUGUGCGACAACAGCAUUCUGCUCCUUCGAAGCGAAGCUCCAAAGCUGUGAAAAAUCGGCGAUCAAAAUCAGCUUCUCUAACAAGUUCAGAAAGUUCAAAUCAUACAAAAAUGAAAAAAUCGGGAACGUAUUCAUGUUUGCGUGAGGAUUCUAUUUUGGAUGAAUUUCAAUUAGAUAAAGUUGACAGUUGGAUGUCAAUGCAACAAAAUCGUAGGGGUGAUGGAGAUCAUUUAGGUGAUACAGAAGAGGAAAUUUUUGAUAGUAAUGGAUCACCAGAAACUAGUGAGACAUUGAAAUCUGAAGAAAAUUCUCAAGAUGGUUCCACUUAUGAUGAAAUAGUUUCGGUUAUUAAAGAAAUCGAAGAAGAGAAGAAAAAGCAUGAUGAAUAUAAUUCGAAAAAGUACAUGGAUAACAUAAAUUCGAAAGAUGUUAACUUUAUGAAAUUACAAGCUCUAUUAGAAUCUCAAGGUGUUAAUAGUAACAGUCACACUGAGAGUACACAAACUUCAGGAAAUGGUUCACCGGAAUCUUCUGAUAAACUAAAAGAUAUUUUGGAAUACCUGGAAGAUGUUGAAAAUGAUUGUGAUCGAACACUAUUAGAGACAAGGCGAUCAAUACCAGAAACGAAUAGAACUGAAAUUGAGUUUUCAAUUGAACCUGACAUAGCGGAAGAUGUACCUAAAUUAGCAGAUUUGUUAAUGUUGCCAAAUCAUCAAUUAGCACGUCGCAUUAUUUCCUUAAGUUUACGAGCAAAUGAAUUAGCAAAUGGAAUUCAAUUGGCCAAGCAACAUGUUGAACAUAUUCGUCAAGAAAAACAAAAAUCAUUACGAGUAGAAAAACAAAAUACUUCAAAACGUAUAGAAGAGCAAAAGAAACAUUUUGAAAGCAUUAUUUCACGCCAUCAAACUUUUAUAGAACAAUUGCUGAAAGAUAAGGGAGUUUUAUGUGAAAAGGUAACAGCAUUAACAAGACGAAUGGAUAGUCAAAAUCAAGCUUGGGAACACAAGUUAGAAACGGAAGUAGCUAGAGCUACAGAAACUACCUUAGCUGGGGAAAAAAUACGUAGAGAAAGAUGGGUUCGUGAAAACACAAAAAAGAUUAAGGAAUUAACUGUUAAAGGACUUGAAUCGGAAAUAAAUCGUAUGCAAUUAAAUCAUCAACAUGAAAUUAUUGAAAUGAAAAGACAACAUCAACAACAGUUAUUGGAUUCACUUGAAGAAGCUCGUUUGAAGCAUGAACAAAAUGCCAAUGCAAUUCGUGAUACAUUGGCCCAAGAUCGUGAAAUGUUAAUUGAAAAAGAAAGGACUACAAUUCGAGAAAGAUUUGAAAAGCAAUUGGAAGAAGAAAGAAAAUCUUUUGAUGAACAAAAAACAAAAUUAAUUGAAGGUUUUACAUUUGAACGUGAUCAGAUUCAAGCUGAAUAUCGUCAAAAAGAAUCAGAAUUUUUAACUAGAAAACAAGAGUUACUCGAUGAAAAAGAUGCUGAAAUACAAAGAGUAAUUGCAGAAUUCCAAGAAAAAUUAGUUCAACAGGAACAAAAGUAUCAGACAAGGAUCAAUGCAAUUGAAAAACAAUUUGAAUCUGAUUUUAUAAUUUGGAAACGUGAAUACGAAAAUUCAUGUAAAUUAAAGGAGGUUGAAAAUGAAAAUACCAUAAGACAACAUUAUAGAACUGAAAGAGAUCGACAAAUUGAUGCAAUUGUUAGUAGAAUGGAUGCUGAAUCACAGAAAUGCCAAGAAGAAUUUGAAUUAAAAUUAAGCCGCUUAAAAGAAAAGUACGACAAUGAUAUGAAAGAAGCCGAAAGUGUUGAAAAAUCAUUACGUGAUAAAUAUAAUGAAACAAGAAGUCGAUUAGCUGAAUCUGAAGCAAUGGCUCAAAAUUUUCAAGCUGAAAUCAAACAAUUACAAAUGGAAUUGGAACAUAGUAAAAAGAUGAACGAUGAUUUUCUUGAGAUGAAAGAAAAAGUAAAAGAAAAUGCAAGAAAUGAUGUUCUUACAGAAAUUGCAAAUAUAAAAACUGAACGGGAUAAUGAAAUCCAGAAAAUUUACAAGAGAGUACAACAAGCUAUUGAGAAAAAGGAUUCAACUGUUGAGUUAUUACAAAAAGAGAAUGGAACAUUAAGGGAACGUUGCGUUAAAUUAGAAGCUGUUAUACGGCAACAAAGAAAGGAUUAUUGUAUUAAAUAA